UCGUGCUAAGGCCAGAGCCGACUUUCGUCCUCAAUUCUCCGACGGGAAGAAUAAAUCUUCUGCCGUUGGGUCCGCGCUCCUUCUAGGGUUUUUUUGCCUUCGCUCCGCCGCCUGGGCGUGACCUCCGUAGAGGAUGGGGAAGCCGAAGGGUGAUGGUGCGAGGAGCAAGUCGCGUCCUUCUAGCAGCAGCUCGGCUGCUUCUUUGCUGCCCUCGGGUGUCUCGACUGUUGGAUUCGGCGGUUACUUGGGGAGUUCUCGAGUUGAUUCCUCUUCGUCAGCUGAGGAUUCUGUGGCCUUUUUGGAUGUUGACAGUGAAAUGACACAACAUUUGAAGCGGCUUGGAAGGAAAGAUCCAACAACAAAGCUAAAAGCUCUGACAACAUUGGCAGUUCUUUUUAAGGAAAAACCUACUGAAGAAUUAGUGCAGAUUAUUCCACAGUGGGCAUUUGAAUACAGGAAGUUAUUGCAUGAUUUUAAUAGAGAGGUCCGCCGAGCUACGCAUGACACAAUGACUGCUCUUGUUACAGCCAUUAGGAAAGGAUUGGCUCCACAUUUGAAAUCUUUGAUGGGGCCUUGGUGGUUUUCUCAAUUUGAUCCAGUUCCAGAAGUUUCUCUGGCUGCUAGGCUGUCUUUAGAGGCAGCCUUUCCAAUGCAAGAACGAAGGCUGGAUGCUUUGAUGUUUUGUGUAAAUGAGAUUUUUCUCUAUUUAGAUGAAAAUUUGAAAUUAACACCACAAACGAUGUUUGAUAAAGCCAUACCUGCUGAUGAGUUGGAAGAUAUGCACCAAAGAGCAAUUUCAUCUUCAUUAUUGGCAAUAGCAACCCUUAUUGACAUUUUACUGGUUGUAAAAAUGCCAAACUCUGAUAAUGGAAAUUGUUCGCCCGAACAAAAGCUUAUAUCCAGAGCAAGGGCUGCUGCAGAGUCUUCUGUUGAAAAUCUGCUUGCUAUGCAUAAGUGUUUUCUUCAACAUAUGAAAUCCAAGCAUCCCAGUGUUCGUACAGCUACAUAUUCUAUCAUAGCUAGCAUUAUAAAAAAUAUCCCGCAUGUCUUGAAUGAAGAAAAUGUGAAGGUGCUUUCAAUUGCCAUACUUGGUGUUUUACAAGAGAAGGAUGCAUCUUGCCAUUCGUCCAUGUGGGAUAUGUUAUUGCUUUUUUCAAAAAAAAUCCCAAAUGGUUGGUCAUAUUGUAACACCCAGAAAGUUGUCCUCAACAGAUUUUGGCAUUUCUUAAGAAACGGAUGUCAGGGAUCACAACAAGUUUCAUAUCCAGUACUUGUGCUAUUCUUGGAUUCAAUACCGACUGAUGUAAACCUUGGCGAGCAAUUUGUUGAUUAUUUUUUCCAAAAUCUUUGGGCUGGAAGACAUUCUUCAUGCCACUCACUUGCUGAUAGCAAGGCUUUAUUUGGUGCAUUUAAAGAAUGUUUUCUCUGGGUGUUACAUCAUGUAUCAAGAUAUUGUAAAACAAAAGAUGACCAAAGUGAACUUCCUAUCAAGUUGAUAAAUGAUAUUUUUGUAGAACUAUUAUUGAAUGACUAUCUGCUGUCAGCUAGCGUGAAAAAGCAAGAUGAAAGUUCACAAGCAAGGUCUGAUAUCUCAACUGAUGGUGGCAGUUCGCUGUCUCAUGAAAGGUCACAACAGAGAGUUAAUAGUAGCCAUCAAGCGUUUUUUACUGAAGAGUUAUUGAGGUGUAUUAUUGGAAUUCUAUUAGAGAUCUCCCAAGAGGAUCAAAAUUUGACAAGUGUUUUCUGUACAUCCUUUCAGAAGGACUGUCUUGAAAUUAUUCGAGAAGGGGAUUCCUUGCAAAAUUUUCCUGAGUGUAUAGAAAGAAUUGUCAGAUUUUUUCUAUUAAUUGAUAAGUGUAUUUUGCUGAAAGGUCAUGAUUGGCCUUUGCACUUUUUAGGCCGACCACUGUUUUUUACCACCUUCCCUGUGAUUAAGUCUAUGGAUUCUCUGGAUGCAGUCAAGCUUCUGUCCAUCUUGGUUGAAAUAUUUGGGCCCGAUCAAAUAUUCUCAGAGUUUGAUAGCCCAAAUGCAAUGGAUAUUGAAACCAAGACGAAGCAUUUUUUUCAUACAUUCAAUAAUGACUUUAUUCCAUGGUGUUUAGAAGGAGUUGGUAGUUUCGGAAAUCUAAAACUAGAUUUUCUGCUCGAUUUGUUUCAAGAUGACUAUUUUUUUCAGCAAUGGUGUGCAGUCAUCACCUAUUGUGUAGAUGAUACAAAAUUCACCGAAACCUCAGACAACAUUAGUAAUAUUCAGGUGCUUGCUAUGCUCAUUGGGAAGGUCAGGGAAAGAAUUAGGAGCAAGAAGCUGGGAAGGCUGCGAAAGUUUGGCUUGUCACCAGAACAUUGGCACCACGACUUGCUAAAUUCAUCUGCAAUAAGUUUUGCUCACCAGACUUCCAUGAUAAACUGUCAUGCUCAAUUUCUAUGUGCCGUACUUGGAGGGUCAGCCGAAGAUGAUCAGCUUUGCUUUUUGUCUAAAGAAACUUUAAUUAUUGUCUGGGAGGGAAUUUUGAGAAAAAUGACAUCACUUCUUACUUCGUCAUCAUUUCAUUGGGUUCAUUUUGCAUGCUCUUUGAUUCUAGGUUCUGACCACAAUGAUUUUCUUAAGCUGCAAGAAGCAUCUUUCUCAAUGAAGGUUGCAAUGGCUCAAUUUUCUUUUGAAGUUCUCAAGGGUAGCAUAUUUUGCUUGAAGAUAAUUGAUGAUAGUUGCACCUUAGUUUCUUCACUCUUAGCAACCCUAUUUGUUCUUGAUUGGGAAAAUUGCAUGAUGGCUCUGACUUGUACUAAUGAUAAAUUUGAUUGUUCAAAAUAUGCUGGUGAUAUUGAUAAUUCUCUGUUGGAAACUAAAGUUCUUGGCAAUGAGGAGCAGGUUGAUGCCAAGUUGGCUUUGGGAAGAAAAUUUUGUGCCUAUCGCCGUAAGAUAACUCCUAAUUUCUUGAAAAACACAAGUCGCGAGACACAAUCAAGAUUUCAAAACAUUUUAGUGAAAAUAGUAAGGUUUGCAUUACUAGACUCAGAUGAUUUAGUUUCUCCAAAACAAUCUAUUUCAUUCUGUGAAUGGGUGUUAGAUAUGGCAGAAAUAAUAUGCCACACUAGAAAAGAGAUGCAGAUUUUGUUGGACCAAUUAUUCCAAGAGGGAAAAUCUUGGCCUUUCUGGGUUAAAUCACUCAUUGACAGUGGGAACAGAGUUGCAACCUUCCAGCGUGGGACAGCUUCAUUGAGUGUUAAUGAACAUCAUAAUCACAGUUUUGUUGCUUUUGCUGACAAGCUUGUUUCAAGACUUGGAGUCGAUGUGGUAAUUGCAGGUCUUACAGAGAUUUCUAUUGGCUCAUCGCGCAUUGAGGUUGUUUCAGGAUUUUCAUCUCCUUACAAACGUGAGUGGCUUGCUGCUGAAAUAAUUUCUUCAUGGGAGUGGCAAGUGAGUAAUGCAACAGAGGCUUUCUUACCUUUGCUUAGCAAAUAUGCAAGAACUGAAACCUCUACUCUUGAAGCUAAUAUUUUGUUCUCUAUUAUUAACACAUUAAUUGAUGGAGCUAUUACACAUGAAACUCAUGAUCACUGGGCAUCUUUUGAUUCAUGGAGGGUUCUGCAUGAUGAAUUUGAUAAAAUCAAUGAUCUAUUUCUCCGUGGCCUAGUUUCCUUGCUCUCUACUUUGUUUGUCAAGGAAAAAGUCUGGGGAAAGUGUGAGGCCAUUCAAUUAUUUAAACAGCUUAUGGAUAAACUUUAUGUUGGCACUUCUGUAGUGCAGUAUUGCCUUAGAAUUCUUCCUUUCAUUUUAAGUAUUAUUAUACCAUCAGCACUAGAAAACUCAGAAUCUGAUGGCACAACUGAAGAAAUUUCGAAAGAUUCUCUACACGAAAACCCAACAAGGAAAUAUGUCAUGAGUUGGCUUGAAAACUCCCUUUCCUUUCCUUCAAUAAUCUCAGCCAAAACAGAACAAGACGUUGAAGAAUGGAUCCAGGCUGUUAUAUCAUGUUUUCCAUUGAGGACAACAGUGGAAACUGGGAAAUUUGAAGUAAGUUUAUUGAGGAAUGUGAGCAAUGAGGAGGCAACUUUGCUUCUGAGUUUAUUCAGAAAGCAAGUAUGCUUAAAUGAUGCUUCUGCAGCCACUAAUCAGAAGCAGAUUAUUUUAGGGAAACUAAUAGCUGUUUCCGUUGGGUAUUGCUGGCAAAAAUUUGAUAAAGAUGACUGGAGUUUUGUGUUAGAUAAUUCACAUAGGUGGUUGGAGUCGUCUGUUUUGUUGCUGGAAGAGAUAACUGAUAGCAUUGAUGAUGCAAUAGUUAACCACACAAUUAUAAAUGGCUUAGAAUGUACUCAAAAGAAGCUCGAAAUCUCUCUUCAGAAUUAUGAUCCAUGGAUAUUUCAUUUAUCAACUGCUGCAUUAGUUACAUUACGUCUUCUCUCACAACCGGAAGAACAUGAAAAAACAGAUAGUACUGAGGCUUUGCAUCACAUAAAACUUGGAAAGUGGGCUGACAUGAAAGAUCAAACCAUGGCAAGUAUCUUACGCUUGUUUUUUGCAACUGGAGCUAGUGAGGCUAUUGCAAACUCAUGUAGUGGAAAUUUAUCGAAUGUUGUUGCUUCAAGUAGGCUGAUGCAAUCACAUUUUUGGGGUAUGAUAGCAUCAUUUGUUUGGAAUUCUCCUAAGCUAGUGAGAAGUGCAGCAGUGGAGUCAAUGAAACUUUGGGGUCUUAGCAAGGAUUCCAUAAGUUCAUUGUAUGCUAUUCUUUUCUCCUCAAGACCAAUCUCAUCGUUACAGUUUGCAGCUUAUUGUCUUCUCUCUUCUGAGCCUCUAUGUCAUUUGUCAGUUGCAUCAGAAGGUAGUCCGGAGGGAGAAGGUAGCUCAUUUAUGGAGUCAGAACUCUCAUUGGAUGUGGAAUCAUCCACCGAAGAAACUUUCUGUUUGAGAGAUGAGAUAUCCUUUCUCAUACAGAGACAAAGUGCUGACCUCCCAGAGAUGGACUUGAUAUCUCAAGAGAGGGUGAAUGUAUUUAUAGCCUGGGCGCUUUUGCUUUCUUGUCUAAAUUCAUUUUCUCCUUCAUCCAAGGCUAGGGAAAAAAUGGUUCAAUACAUACAGGACUCAGUUAGUUCAACGAUAUUAGAUUGCAUUUUCCAGCAUAUUCCUUUGAAGAGCGGAGCAAAUAAUGUAAAGAAAAAGGAAAUUGAACUUGCAGUCGAAGCUUCUAAUGCUGCUAAUGCUGCUAGACAUUCAAUUACUACAUGCUCUCUAGAAUUAUAUGUACAAUCACUCUGGCCUGUUAGGAUUGAUACAAUGGCCUCACUGGCUGGUUCAAUAUAUGGAAUGAUGAUUCAUCUUCUUCCCUCUUAUGUUCGUAAUUGGUUUUCUAGUCUGCGCGAUCGCUCUCUGUCAUCUGCUGUUGAAUCUUUUACAAAAGCUUGGUGCAGUCCUCCUCUUCUUUUGGAUGAACUUUCCCAGGUCAAAGAGACUGUCUUUGCUGAUGACAACUUCUCAGUGAGUGUAAAUAGGUCAGCUUCUGAGAUAAUUGCUACUUAUAAAAAGGAAGAGACUGGGAUGGAUCUUGUGAUUCACCUUCCAAGUUCCUAUCCCUUGCGCCCUGUGGAUGUUGAAUGUGCAAGAAGUUUGGGAAUUAGUGAAGUAAAACAACGCAAAUGGUUGCUGUCUUUGACAGCAUUUGUUCGCAAUCAGAAUGGUGCAAUUGCUGAGGCAAUUCGGAUAUGGAAAAGCAAUUUUGACAAAGAAUUUCUUGGUGUUGAAGAAUGCCCUAUCUGUUACAGCAUAAACCACACAACAAAUCACAGUCUUCCUAGGCUCGCUUGCAAAACUUGCAAGCACAAGUUUCACUCUGCUUGCCUUUACAAGUGGUUCUCAACUUCUCAUAAAUCAACUUGCCCAUUGUGCCAGUCCCCCUUCUGAUCAGUCGUUUUUCUACCUUGUGGAAUGUGCAAAUGUUUCGUGAAUACCUUGUGUACGAGUAAACCUGAAACGUAUAAAACUGCAGCCAUCCCUUUUGUGUGUUGAUGAGUUCAGAGUUCAGACCAAGGAUCCACCAUCACAGGAAGCAAUUGACUGACCUCAAGAAAUAUGUAGAGAGCCUUGCUAUUUAAGCCCCUUUUUUUCUCAUUUUUGUUCAGGGUGCUGCAAAAUGAAAAUCAGAGCGAGGAGUCACCAGUGGCCAAAUUGUUUACCCCUUUGGAUCUCUCUCGGUCGCUUGUUGGAUAAUGUAAUAUGAUGAGAUCAAAAGCUUGCUGAGAGAGUUGAUUAUUAAUAUUAUUUCCUCCAGACUGCUACUUUAUUCAGGAAAAGGUUAGUUUGAUGGGAUA